CAUAUCAAAAAAGGUGUUAGGAGUGAUUACAAUGCAUUAUUCGAACUUUUGAAGUAUUAUUUGACCGAAAUUCGUCAAUAUUUCGUCUAAUAAGCUUUCGUUAUUGCGUAACUGCUUCGUAUAUCGAUUACUUCGCCGAAUAAAGCCAUCUCAGAGCGUAUUGCUUCCCUGUUCGUCGUCGAAGAAUUCAAAGUGCUAUGAAGCUUUUGAGUAGAUUGAGCUUUGUUUCAUUGGCCUCUGCUGACAACGUAGUUUCUUCUUUAUUACCAUAUGGUUACCGUAAAGCUCUUUAUAAGAUCGGUGUUUGUGUUACGAUUUUAUGACUACCGAAACCGAAACCGAAGGUAAAAUAAGCUUUAGAAUUCGUAGAUAUGCGUAGAAGAUGCUGCACCGUCGUGAUCGUCGAACUUUCCGCUGCGAAGCUUUCAUAUAUUUUUUGAAUCAAUUCGUUGUCUUCCGGCUCAUCGGGCUCCGGCAAUUCGUACCAAUGACGCCGUUCAUUGAAACAAUAAUAGUUGGCUGGUGCAGAAGUCAACUCUAAAUGAAAGAAAAUUUGUGAUACAGUUUGUUAUGGUACCGUCUUCGAUUGAAAAGUACGUAAAACGCGUAGAAAAUAUAGCGAAAUAGAUAAUAAUUCGUGUUGGUCGAGUUGACCCAAAUUGAACGUUCAAAAUGGGUAACUCGAAUAGCUCGGAAGUGAAGGCGAAAGCUUCGAAUUUGAAAAGCCCCCGAAAGAGAUUCCUGGGCAAACGGCUGAAAUUCAAAGGACGCGGUUCGCUCACCGAUAUUACGACGGAUAAAGACGCCCAAGGUCACGAGGCGCUGGAUCCGCAGAGUAUCGAGCUGGUGGAUAGCGACGAACAGGUUCACGACGGUCGUAGCGAUGUUGAAACGGAAGAAAACCCGCAGCCGGGGCAAUCCGGUUCCAUCAUGCCAGGUGGUGGGGAAUGUAAUAACACUGCGGAAGAGUGGUCAGCCAAGCACGCCAGUAACGAUAGCAGCGGUGAUCGCGAACAAUGCUGUGCAGCCGGCGUCCUCAGCCAACGACCUAACUCGAGCUGUGAGAAUAUUUACGCGAAUAACGAUUCGGUAGUUUGUUACGAUAAUAAUAUCAGUGAUAAUUUCAAACAAACUGUGCACGUCGGUGAUGUACAAGUGCAUAUCGAUGAUCAUAGCACGCAGUCGUUUGAUCCAGAUCGAAGUCAGCUUCAAACACAACUUGAAAAUCAAGCCAACCAUGAAACCAGCGACCAGGACCACCAGCCCGAUGUGAAUGGAAAAUACGAAUGCGUUGGAAUAUGUAUUAAAGUCGACGACGCUACGGAAACUCAUCAAAACGCAACGCCGCCGGAAGAUAAUCCAGACGAUGACGUGACCGAAGAUAUCACCAACACUUCGUACACCGAUCCGCUCGUCACUACGCCGUAUUUUAGUCCAGAUGAAGAAUUCGAAAAUAAUAUAUUCGACUCGGAUCCCAAACUCAACGAAACGAUGGAUGUGAAAGUAGCCAAAGAGACGGAUAUCGGUGCACAAAUCAAAAAUAAGGAUAUUUGUAGCUUUAACGAUAAAGAAAUGUUGAAACCGAGCCCUGGUUCGUUCACAGUUACUAAACACAAGAAAGUAGAGCUUUCGCCGACUACCUUCUCGACACCUAUACCAAAUACCAUCGAAAGUAAAGGUACAGCUUCAUCGUCGAGCUGUCGUCAUUCCUCAUUAACCGAAGGAACUCCUCUAGAAAGCAAUGUUUUGCGAAAAGUGGCCAGUUUGACGUUCGAUAAAGCUGCCAUGGAGCAGAAAGUACACAAAUCGAGAUUCAUACCGGAAAAACUAGAUUUUCAAAAUUACGAAAAAUUCGAAGGUCAGAUGUUAAUUAAUUGGUUUUUAUCGUCGUUAUCUGAUAAGAAAUCGUUUAAUCAGAAACUCAAAACCAGCGAGUUGCAUGCGUUAGCCACUCAAUUCUGUACACAGUUACUGGCUGCCGGAGUAAUACAACAGAUUAUCGAUAAAGAUGCUGCCAAAGAAGAUAAUUUCAAGCCAACUUUGAUGUAUUACUGGACUCAUGCUGAAACUGCAAAUAUAUCGACGUAUUCACCGGGACGUUUGAGCACGAUGUCGUGGCCUCCUGCAGCCUCACUUGGCAGUAAUAGCUCCAUCGAAGCAAAAACUCCUAUCGAAGGAUCGAAAAACGAGCUCAAAGAAAACGAAGAAUCUCCCGAAAUACUGAAAUCUAAAUUAAUCGAAAAGGAGAGAAAAAUUUCUGAACUAGAAAAUGCUAUCGAGCAACUUCGAAGAGAAAUGGAUCAACUUCAAACGGUUUCAGAUAUUCAGGCGUUGACCGAAAAAGUAAAAUUGGAUUUUCGAAGCGAUUCAGUUGACAGUGAAGAGGUGAAAAAAGACGGCGAAGUCACCGUGAAUGGCGACUCAAGUACCGAUACCAAAUCUACGAAAGUUGCAAAAGAACAAGAUCAGCCACCGAUGAAAAAUGAUGCGAAAAAUUCCACGCCUGAUUCGAGAGAUAAAUCGGAUAUUACCAAUGGUUCUAAUUCUGGUUCAGCGGCGAAUCGUAUUCAGUCGUCUAAAAUUCCUGUUCCGUUGUGUAAAUCGAGUAGUAUACCGCAUGUGCCUACAGCUGUGAAUACAGAUUCAAGUUCAAGUACGUCGUUAAGUAAUCGAUCGAAAAGCGGUGUUGAUUUGACGACAUGCACCAACAGCUCGAAAGCGCUUUCAUCUCCUGUGAUUUCAUCGCCCGUUCGUGAAACAGCGCCUAAAAAUGAAAUCGAAUCCGAUGUUCCUGUUUCUUCUAGUGUUAAAGAUGAUAGUUCAGAUAAAACCGAAAAAUCCGAAACCGUAUCCUCUUCGUUACCAUCUGCAACCGCUGAAACGUGCGAUAAGAAGGAAAACUGUGAAAAACCUAUCGAAUCGGAUAACAAACCAGUAUCUCAAACGACGGUUGAUCCAGCGACAUCGUCAUCGGAUCCGGAAAACUCCGGGCUAUCCCCGGCAAGUAUGAUAUCACCGAUGCCACCUUCUUCGGUGAGAGCUUCUUCGAUGCCGGUAGCGAAACCAACGGAUCCGCCGAAAGUUGUACCUAUACCGGAUCGCCCGACUGCUGUGGUGAGCGCUCCUCCACCGCCACCGCCGCUUCCAUCGGCUAUGUUUAUAGCUCCUCCACCGCCGCCUCCUCCUCUUCCACCGCCUUUAUCGGUUGCGCCACCGCAGCCUCCACCGCCACCGCCACCACCUAUGCCUGGAGGAGUAUCGGUUCCUGGAGCUUUGCCGCCGCCUCCUCCACCUAUGCCUGGAAUAGCAUUACCACCGGCACCUCCGCCGAUGCCGGGAGCUAUGCCGCCACCGCCGCCUCCUGGUGGUGGUAUGUUUCCGCCGCCUCCCCCGCCCUUUCCAUCAGGGGCUCCGCCGCCACCGCCGCCACCUUUUUCCAGCGGCGAUGCGUCGGUUUUGAAUGUUAGUCUGCCGAAUGCUCCACCUUCGCCGGCGCCUUUUCCUACACCGCCGUCGGGGGGAUGGAAUGCGCAGAGAAAUACUUUCAGAAAACAACCGUUGACGCCAAAAGUUCCUAUGAAGCCAUUGUAUUGGACAAGGGUGGUAGUGCCGGCACCGGCAAAUCAGCCAUUAGCUACUCCAGCGCCUUCCAACGAAAAAGAAAAAUUAAUAUGGGAGGAGAUAGAAGAACCAUCUAUCAACGAUGAAGAAUUUAUGACUUUAUUUUCGCGGCAGGUGGUUGAGAAGAAGGCCCCUAAGAAGAAAGUAGAAAAACCAGUGAAAGCUCAAGUGAUAAAAUUACUGGACAGUAAACGAUCUCAAAACGUUGGCAUAUUAGCUUCAAGUUUACAUUUAGAUUUUUCUGAAAUUGAAAAUGCUGUUUAUAAUUUCGAUACAUCUGUCGUUUCUCUAGAAGUAUUGCAACAAAUUUACGAAAUCCGUGCCACCGAUGAAGAAAUCGCCCUGAUCAAAGACCAUCUCGCAGCGAAUCCCAAUGCUCCUUUGGAUAAACCCGAACAAUUUUUGUUAGACCUAAGUGAAAUACCUCAUUUCGCCGAGCGAAUCGCUUGUUUUGUAUUCCAGUCUGAAUUCAACGACGCCAUUUUAUCAGUUAGAAACAAACUGAGCAAUAUUAAAGCUCUCUGCACGAAUAUGAUAUCAUCAGAACCUUUGAAAAAAGUAAUGGCCAUAAUUUUAGCGCUGGGUAAUUAUAUGAAUGGUGGUAAUUUACAAAGAGGUCAAGCUGAUGGUUUUGGACUCGAUAUUCUUUCGAAACUAAAGGAUGUCAAAAGUAAAGAUAAUUCGUUAACAUUGCUGCACUAUAUUGUAAAAACGUAUUUGAAAAUGUGCGACGAUCCCGUGAAUGCCUCAUUACCUAUUCCUGAGCCGAGUGAUGUCGAACACGCUACGCCUGUUCAAUUUGACGAUAUUAAACUACAAUUGCAAACUCUGCACAAAGGUUUACAAGAUUGCCAAGAAAAAGUUGAGAAGAUUACCGCCAACGAAAAAGACGAUAAUGUUAAAGUUUUCAAAGAGAAAAUGGAGAAAUUUUUAUCCGACGGAAAAAAAUUAUAUGAAGAAGAAAUUGAAAAUUUAGAAGACAGUGAAAAAAAAUUUAUGGCGGCGUUGAAAUUCUAUCAAUUUCAACCAAAAGGAUUAGCCAGUGGUGAAAAACCCAACCCCAAAGAUUUCUUUCCAUUAUGGGGUAGUUUUUGUUCGGAUUUUAAAGCACUCUGGAGAAUCGAACAACAAAGAUGUUUAAAGCAAAAAAUGAAAGAAACCAUCGCAAAAACGAAGGAACGUAAGCAGCAAGUUGUAAAGACAAAAAUCAAGGAAAAGGGUCUUAAAUCCGGAAUGAAAAGCAUAAAAAACUUAUUGAGUACAUUGGAAGACGACUGAAUGAAAUUUUAAAUUCAUUUUGAAUACGAAUUAUUUCCUAGUUAAAUCGGCUGUGUUUACCAUUAUUAUUAUUUUUUUGUAUUAUUGAAUGCAUUGAAUCGUUGACUUUUAUACCUCGAAAUGUAAAUUUUUAGUUGUAAUAUCAAGAUUUUCACGUUUAUACUUUUUUUUUGUGAUUGCAUUUUUUUCUCAAUAAAUCACUUGAAAGUUAUAA